UUUCUAAAGAGGAGUGUGCUAGAAUCCCAAAUAUGAUUGCCUCUUUGAGCUCCCUGGUGACCUCCUUCUGGGCAGCACUGUAUCUCAGGACUCUGCUACUGGCUGCUGUCAUCUUCCUGUUCUUGGUUAAAAUCCUCAGAAGCCGGCGCCCCAAAAACUACCCACCAGGGCCCUGGGGUCUGCCCUUUGUGGGCAACUUCUUUCAAAUAGACUUUGAGCAAAACCACUUGGUGAUUCAGGAGCUUAUGAAGAAAUAUGGGAAUGUAUUUAGUCUGGAGUUGGGCAGAUCAUCAGCAGUGGUUGUAUCGGGACUGCCUUUAAUCAAAAAAAUGUUUACUCAACUGGACCAAAAUUUUCUGAAUCGCUUUAUAAGUCCAGUUAGAGAACGAACCACCGGUAAUAAUGGUUUGAUCGUAUCUAAUGGCCAGACAUGGAAGGAGCAAAGGAGGUUUGCCCUGAUGACACUGAGGAACUUUGGAUUAGGAAAGAAGAGCUUGGAGCAGCGAAUACAGGAGGAGGCCCACCAUCUUGUGGAGGCCAUAGGAAAGGAGGGAGGACAACCUGUUAAUCUUCACUUUAAGAUCAACAAUGCAGUUUCAAACAUCAUUUGCUCUGUCACCUUUGGGGAGCGCUUUGAGUAUGAGGACAGUCACUUUCAGAAGCUGCUGAAGUUACUGGAUGAGAUCAUAUAUGUGCAGGCUUCAAUGGCAGGCCAGCUCUACAAUAGCUUUCCACAUAUAAUGAAACAUUUUCCUGGACCACAUCAGAAAAUUUUCAGAAACUGGGAAGAACUGAAUUUGUUUAUUUCUCAUAUCAUCAAGAAACACCAGAAAGACUGGAACCCAGAUGAGCCAAGAGACUUCAUUGAUGCAUUCCUAACAGAAAUGCAAAAGUACCCAGAUAAGACUACAAGUUUCAAUGAAGAAAACCUCAUCUCUAGCACCUUGGACCUCUUUUUGGCUGGAACAGAGUCAACAUCCACUACACUGCGGUGGGCUCUGCUCUACAUGACCGUCUACCCAGAAAUCCAAAAAAAUGUACAGGCAGAGAUUGACAGAGUAAUUGGCCACAAGAGGCAGGUGAGCUUGUCUGACCGAGAGUCUAUGCCCUACACCAAUGCUGUCAUCCAUGAGGUGCAGAGGAUGGGCAACAUCGUCCCUUUGAGUGUUUCCAGGGAAGUGGCAGUUGAUACCAAGUUUGAUGGAUUCCACCUGCCAAAGGGAACCAGGAUCCUCACCAAUUUGACUGCACUACACAGGGACCCCAAAGAGUGGGCCACUCCAGAAGUGUUCAAUCCAGAGCAUUUUUUGGAGAAUGGACAAUUUAAGAAGAGAGACUCCUUUCUGCCAUUCUCAAUGGGAAAGAGAGCUUGUCUUGGAGAACAACUGGCCAGAGCUGAGCUGUUCAUUUUCUUCUCUGCCCUUAUGCAAAAAUUUACCUUCAAGCCCCCAAUCAAUGAGAAGCUGAGCCUGAAGUUCAGAAUGGGCGUCACCCUUUCCCCAGUCAGUCACCGAAUCUGUGCUAUCCCUAGACUGUGAUGUCAGAAAAGAAAAGAGAAUGGAGAACUGGAAGAGCUGAUAUGUGCUAUAGAGAAACUAGGGCCUGCUCACAUGGGAAGGGAUAGGCUGUAGGUGACUGGGGAGAUAUGAGAGGAUGAAGACCAAAAAAUUGGGUCCAGUUCCAAGACAACUAUUAUCUUGAUGCUGUCUCAGUAAAUCACUGAUAUGCCCACUGACAUAUCUUAUCAUCUGAAGGGUACAGAAAAUGAUGAUUCUUUGCAUAAAUAAAGCACUUAUAUGAGUCAGAAUCAGAGGAAAUGGUAAAUUAAAAUCUAUCUGAAUCAUAAAUAACAUAGAA